UAGCAACUGCGGGACCGCGUUGGCGCCGGCCUCCUGGGAGCCACGUUAGUGACAACGGAGCUGCUCAAGGCAGGAGGACUCUGAGCUGAGCAGUGGAAGCUUUCCUGGAUCUGGAGGAAGAGGCAAUCCUUGGAACCCGUGAUGAGCCAUCCUGACUACAAGCUGAACCUCCAGUCCCUGGGGACUCCCAGAGGUGUGUCCUCUGUGGUUGGCCCACAUGGUGUUGGUGCUUCGCCAGGUGACAAAAAGUCAAAGACCAAGACCAUGCGAGGGAAGAAAAAGAGCAUAUUUGAAACCUACAUGUCCAAGGAGGACGUCUCAGAAGGCCUGAAGAGAAGAACACUUAUCCAGGGUAUAUUGAGAAUUAAUCCAAAGAAGUUUCAUGAAGCCUUCAUCCCUUCCCCGGAUGGUGAUCGAGACAUUUUUAUCGAUGGCGUUGUUGCUCGUAAUCGAGCCUUGAAUGGGGAUCUGGUGGUGGUCAGUCUGCUUCCCGAGGAGCAGUGGAAGGUGAGUUAAACUGUCCUUUCCCAAUUACAGACUUCUUAGGGCCUCUUUCCUUCCAAGGCACAUCAGUGAGGCAUCACACACUGAACCAGCCUUGGACACGGAAGGCCCUGUGCUACAGUGGUGUGUUGUCUCAGAAGCAGCCCAUUAAGUGGUUGGGAUGUAGAGGCAUCUGCUGAGCAGACAUUUGGAUUGUCCUCCCUGCUCUGUCCCCUGUCAUCUACCUUUCCUGUCAUAUGCUUUGCACUGGUUUCUCGUAUUCUUUAGGAUAGAAGAAAAGCCUGCAGGGCACAUUCAAACUUGGUAUGUUUUAUUUUCCCACAUCUUAUGCCGCUAGCAGAACUGGAAGGACAAAGCCAUGGAACGGUGACAGUCUCCACACAUUUCUGCCACCUCUACUUGAAAACCCAGUCUAGUCCUGUAGGGUGUGUUUGGUGAUCGGGCUUCCCUUGGCAGACAAAAAUAUUCUCUGUGUGCAUUUUUAUAAAAUAAGGGUGUGGUGGCAGGAGAAAAUGUUUGUAAUACAAGAAAGUUCUGGGUUGUGGUCUCCGUUUAUGUCUGUCAAUUGCAAAAAAAGAAGUAGUUUUAGUUUUGACUAUUAUUUUAAUUUAAACAACAGUAAGUGUUAGGUGUGGGAAUGAUUCUUGUUAAUGAUUUCUUUGAAUUGUCAUGUAGAGCUGGGAAGUCUGAUAUGGUGAAUUCCUGGGUUUCUGGAGCUAGUUAAGCAGAUAAGAAUUUGCAGAAAUAGGUAGCAUUCCCAUAGUCAAUAUACUCAGGCCUCAUAGACACACUUUGUUAUUUUUCUAUUUUACGGUUAAUAUCUUAAAGCAGAAGAGGUAUUGGGCCAGAUAAGCCUUGUCUUUGGUUUUAAAUGAUGUACCCCUGGAACUCUUUUGCUGUUAAUUCUGAGAAUACUUUAAGGUUACUUGGUGGGUGCUUGUAGGAUCAACCGUUGUCCCUAAGCAGUGUUGUGAAGGUCAGUUACAAGGUGUUCCAGAUUACCACUAUCUUACAGGCUUAAAUCAGACCCUGACUCAGGACAGAGCAUGGAGAGCCCAGGAUACAAAGGACUAGUAGCUUCAAAUGAGGUCCUCCC